AUGGAGGGGGAUAGGGUUUUGAUGAGCGUGCAGGAUGCAUCGGGGGUUAAUAAUGCGAAUUUCGCUACGCCGCCUGAUGGGCAGUCGGGGCAAUGUAGGAUGUUCAUCUGGACACUUACCAACCCCCGCCGUGAUGGAACGAUGGAGAACGAUAUUGUGAUCCAUGAGAUGACCCAUGGGAUUACUAACCGUAUGACGGGGGGUGGUACAGGGCGGUGCUUGCAGACUACAGAGUCGGGUGGGAUGGGUGAGGGGUGGAGUGAUGCUAUGGCCGAGUACGUUCCCCUCCACUUUCCCCACCCCCUUCCCUCUCCCCACUUCAUCGUCGGCCAAUACGUCGCCAACCGCGCCAAAGGCAUCCGGUCGUUCCCCUACUCGACCUCCGCAACCACCAACCCCCUUCGCUACUCGAGUUUGCAGAAGCUCAUGGAGGUGCAUGAUAUUGGGGAGGUGUGGGCUAAUAUGUUGCAUCAGGUGUACGCUGCGCUUGUAGCUGCGCGCGGGUUUUCGAGUAAUAAGUUGACGGAUGCGGGUGCGAAGGAGGGGAAUGUUGUGUUUAUGAGGGUUAUGAUGGAUGCGCUUGCUAUUCAGCCUUGUAAUCCGACUUUCAUCCAAGCACGCGACGCGAUUAUUCAAGCUGAUCAGAACAGGUUCAACGGCGUGAAUAAGUGUAUUAUUGCCAAGGCGUUUGCGAGCCGUGGACUUGGGUUGAAGGCGACUGGGAAGUUUGUGGAUGAUGCGACGCUUCCUGCGGGGUGUUAG